AUGUCAAACAAAGCAGCAUGGAUCCCAGAAGCAAAGGGCCAGCUCCAGGUCAAGGAAGCUCCCAUGCCAAAGGCAGGCAAGGGCGAGGUUGUUAUUAAGAACCACGCCGUUGCCGUUAACCCCGUAGAUUGGAAAAUCCAGGACUACGGCAUCUUCCUGCAAAAGUAUCCCAACGUCUGUGGUACUGACGUCGCUGGUGAGGUGCACGAAGUUGGCGAGGGCGUUACACACGUUACCAAGGGCGACCGGGUGCUAGGACACGCGUUCUCACUCGUGACUAACGACCCCGCGCACGGUGGAUUUCAGCUCUACACUGCUUGCAACGCGCUCGUCGUAUCGAAGAUUCCAUCGCACAUGACGUUCGCCGAGGCCUCGGUGCUACCUCUUGCCGUCUCCACUGCCGCCGCAUGCCUCUUCAAGAAGGAGACCCUCGCGUUACCCUUGCCAUCCUCCAACCCCUCUUCUACGGGCAAAUCAGUGUUGGUAUGGGGCGGCUCGAGCAGCGUUGGAGCGACUGCAAUUCAGCUAGCCGCGGGUGCCGGUGUAAAGGUCGUCAGCGUAGCGAGCAAGCACAACCUAGAGAAGCUCAAAGGCCUGGGCGCAACAGCAGCCUUUGACUACAAGGACCCCAAGGUCGCCCACGACAUCAUCGCUGCUCUCGAAGGCACGGAAUUUGCGGGUGUUUGUGACGCCAUUGGUACACCGGAUGCUGCGGCUGCCUGGGCACCAGUAUACGAGAAGCUCGGUGGACGUUAUGGCUCUGUGCUGCCUGAUGCAGAGGGCCUUCCAAAAGGUAUCGAGGGCACAAGCGUCUUCGGUCCAAGUGUAGCGCUGGCGGACAAGUACGUCGGUGACGUUGUCUGGGCUCGGUGGGUGCCAGAGGCGCUGGAAAGGGGUACACUAAAAGCUGUCCCAGAACCACUGGUAGUUGGAAAGGGACUCGACGCUGUGGCGGAGGGCUACAAGAAGCAGAAGGAGGGUGUCAGCUUUCGCAAGGUUGUGAUUGAGUUGUGA